CUUGGAGUGAUAUUCGAACAAAUACCGACCUGGUGUGAGUCCACAUGAAAGCAUACGAGUCCGUGGAUCACCAUAUGACGGUAUUAUUUGCACUUGGAUGCGACACUGGACAGUCAACGAGACGAUUUGGCUCUAUUUUCAAUGGCCGCAUGUUCAUUAGCGCCGGUCACGCGUUUGAACGUUGAACUCUCCCUCCCUCCCUCCUUCCCUCCUUCUCACCAGCAAGCCGCGAUUUAUCUUUUCUUGUUUACUUCUUGUUAUAGAAGGAUUUGUUACAUCUAUACCGCGCAGGCUACGGGCGUACCCCUCUAUGGCUGCUGUCCUUCGUAAUCCUCUGGGUUUACGCCCUCUCUCUCAUCAACUCUCCCCGUCCCCUUCAACCCAAAUUGGGGCGACAAAACCUCCAUCCGCCAAACGAUCUCGCUCUCCGGAGCUUAUCGUAGAUGGCACUUUACAAUCGUCCAAACGUGUCAGAGGCGUCGACCAGUCUCCUGCACCUGGGCCAAAUCGUGAAGAGCUGAAGAAGGAGAAAGAGCGUCGGCGUAUCGAACGGGAGAAUGAGUUCAAGAUUAAAUACACACGCGCAUUUCCCAGCUGGGUGUUCUACUUUGAUAUCGAUGCUGCCAACCCCGACGCGGCGCUCCUUCGCGAGCAGCUCGUGGACAGAGUAACACGGAUGGGUGCUCAUGUUGAAGACUUCUUUUCCAAAGAGGUCACCCAUCUGAUCACUACGCAGCCAGAGGAAUCAUUUGCAAACAAGGAAAACAACUUAAAGCAUGCACAUCUUAUACCAAGUCCUUCUACUUCCGUACUUCGCAGCCCUAUUAAACUGAGAGGCAGAGCCGCCAAAGACGUUCCUGCCGCACAACCGCCAGAUCAUCUCAUAAAGAAAGCUCUCACCUACGCCAUUAAAAUAUGGGAUCCGCUGAAACUGGACAGCGUGCUUGACCGUUGUGGGGCACCACCUGCCUGUCUGGCGGGCUCCUCUACAGCAGUCGGUGGCUCCAACCGGAUUCAGGCGAUAUCUAGUGUUCCUCGGGAACGUUCUUUAACUCGUCUUUUAGAGGCUGAACGUAUUCACGGAACCACCGAGCGUGACCCGACUCAGAAGCGCAGUGACUACAUCUACUUCUCAAAGACCAGCUACUAUGUCUUGGUAGAAGAUAUGAACCAGGAACUCGCUACUAUUGCUGCUUUGGAGUAUCCCAUUCACAAGGAUCGGGACGGUCAAGAAAGAGGCACAUGGCCAGUUCUUCACUGUCAUCCACGAGCACGAGGACCAUUCGUUGAGUAUAACGAACGCGAAGAACGACGGCGCGAGAAGGCCGACAAAAUAGAGGCUGAGCGUGAGUGGGACAGGGAAAGACGGAAAGCCAAGCUUCUCGAAGCUGAGAAGAGGAGGAAGGCUCAGCAACAGGUGCAGCGUAAUGGAGACCUUCGGCGGUCAGUGUCAAUGAAGAACCUACAUCGACGGGCAUCAUUCCCUCAAGCCGGAACUGGCGGAUUCGUUGAUUUGGAUGCCGAUUUUGAUGACGGCAAUACCAUGGCAUCCGCCAAUGCGUCUGGUUAUCUCGCCUCUGGCGCAUACAUGGCAGCAUCGGGUAAUAGUGUCAGUAUCACCUCCACUACAGGGACAACCUCCACUGCCGGACAUUCCUCUCGAAUGACUCAACUCAACCCGAGCCUCAAGGGGCUGAUGCAGCAGCAAGUGGUUACAUCUCGUAAAGCUGCUACCAAUACCACAUCCGCCGGAAAGAAGGAAAAUAUUAUGGGACCACCAUUAUCCAUUCCGGAAAGACCUAACAACAUGCUCUUGAGGAAGAGCCGAAGUACCAAUACUCUACGCCUGCCGAAGCGUGAAGAGGGAAUGAAGCCCGGGUAUUGUGAAAGCUGCCGAGUCAAGUUUGAAGACUUCAAACAUCAUAUCAUUGGUCGCAGACAUCGCAAGUAUGCUACGGACGAUGCUAACUUUACUCAACUCGACCUGGUACUCUCAAGGAUGAGGCGACGCACCCUGCAGGAUGUUGCAGCUGAACGGCGGGGAUGGAACCAUCCUCAACAACGCCCCACUGCAGAUCAUCACAUGUAUCACCUAGCAUCAGAGGAUAUGGCGGGUGAGGAUGUCCAGUGGGAUGACUGGGUCGAACAUGACGAGACUUCCUAAUCAUUCACCCGCGCUAUACUUGCGUCACGUCGUCAGCUCGUCCUCCUUUCCACGGCGCUCUACGCCUUUCUCUCCCAUUCUUGUAACACUAGCUCGUCGAUAUCACAACCACAUGAAACUGAACAUUGCAUUGUCGUCACGGUACAUUCAUCACAAGUCGUUAUAGUCAAUAUACGGAUUAGUAUCUGCGUAUCAUCGCUCGACUGAGUCCUUGAGUGGCAGGACAACCCCAUCAUUGAAUGGUGACUGUAAGCAAAAUGACGGUGCCGUCUACAGCGAUACCUGAAGUAGGACAAGUGUUAGUGCGUUCAUGGUAACCCAACUAAAAGUGUACAAACCAUGGUUGACGCCAGUGGCGCCAGCGGGCAUUUGGUUUACAAGUCUCUGAGCAGUUGUAGAGUAGGUAACGCCAUUGAAGCUGGUGGUCCCAACCGCGGCGUCUACUAGAGCAUCUCUUUCUCCCGCAAACGAUGUGUAUAUAAUUCGCUAUAUCAGGAAUUUGGGUCUUACCUGCCAACAUUAUAACCAUCCUCAGAUAUAGUGUGGCCCUCAGUCACGUUCUCUUCCUUGGAGACACUGCAAUA